UACACUCAUUAUGUUGUUUUUGUUGUUUAAAUAUUUUUUGUUACCCCUAUUUUUGCUCAAUUUAUUUUGCUUGCCAAGAUUAUGUAUUAAUUUGGAUACAAAAUUUCCUAUACAUACAAUACAAAGAAUUUUACUUGGAGUUGAACCACCACAUCCAUUUCACCGAGGACCUCCUGGCGUCAGGCCUGGAUUCAUUUCUGGGACUGUCUUUACAACUGAUGCUGAAGCUCCAAGUAUAGGACAUAGAGGUGCUCAUCGUUCUCAUUUACAACAGCAAAGUCCCUCUGGAAGUUCUUCUGGAGUUUGUUCUGAGACAGAGUUUCGAUGCGAUGAUGGUCACUGUAUCAGGCUGGAAUGGAAAUGUGAUGGAUCUGGUGAUUGUCGCAACGGCGAAGAUGAGAACAAUUGCCCCCACCCGGGAUGUAAAGCCGAACAGUGGCAAUGCGAUAAAUACGAUAUUCACUCAGUCUCGUGCAUUCAAGAGUAUCAGCGUUGUGAUAAUAUUAGCGAUUGUGUUGAUGGUUCUGAUGAAAAAGACUGCCCCGCAUCUCCAGUAAACUGCGAAGUUAAAGAUGGUUCAGUUUUUCAAUGUUUUGAUGGACGCCAUGUUUUCCAAUUACUCGCAAAUGCGAUGGAAUCUAUGAUUGUCGUGAUCUUAGCUUGUUUUCCCUACCAAUUUCGAUGCGCGGAUAAAACCCAAUGCAUACAAAAAAUUUGGGUUUGUGAUGGAACCCCUGACUGUGCUGAUAAAUCGGAUGAACCACCAACAUGCAAAUUUCCAGCGUGCCAGGCAGGCGAUUUUAAAUGUAAAAAUAAACGUUGUGUUCCUCAAAAAUUCCGUUGUGAUUACUAUGAUGACUGCGGUGAUAAUUCAGACGAGGAGGAAUGUGGUCAUUAUAAAUGCCCUCCGGAUAUGUGGCCCUGUCCAAAUUCCGGUCAUUGCAUUCAUCUGUCAAAAUUAUGUAAUGGAGUUAAUGAUUGUGAUAGUGGCGCGGAUGAAAAAACAUGCUCUCGUAAUCUUUGUCAAACGCUCGGAUGCCAGUCCGGAUGUGCAAGUUCUCCUACCGGUGGCAUUUGUACUUGUCCACAGGGCUAUAAACUCGAUGAGCGUUUCGAACGGUCUUGCAUUGACAUUAAUGAAUGCGCCGAUUUUGGAUAUUGUGAUCAAACUUGCCAGAAUCACCGACCUAGUUUUACUUGUGGCUGUUUAGGAUCCUGCUUUAAACUUCAAAUGGUGCAAAGCACAGGGGCAAAUUCAGGAUCGUUUGGUGGAAGCAAUAAUUUAACACUUCGGGGGUAUUGCAUUUCCAGUGAACCUGAACAAAUGCGUCUGUUUGUCGCUCGCCGUGAAGGACUUUAUCGGCUGAAUCCAGCAAAUAAGGAAGAAUCUGCCGUUAAAAUCGCUUCAGGAGAAUUUAUUUAUGGAGUAGAUUUUGAUUACGAGAAACGGAAAAUAUUCUGGACUGAUCGGUUAGCCCACUCUCUCUACCGGGCUGAUAUCACUUCUGGGGGUGAUAUUGAACAUAUUCACAAAUUUGAGCUAAAAUCACUGAUUUACCCGAGAAAUUUAGCCGUUGAUUGGAUUACUAAUAAUAUUUAUGUAAUCGAAAGUGGCUCAAGACGCAUUGAUGUGCUCAACUAUGAAGGCGAUAAACGAACUGUUUUGCUAGCAGAUGGCCUUACUCUUCCACUCGAUAUUGCUUUGGAUCCUCUUCGGGGUGAAAUGUUCUUUUCUAACCAGUUAAAAUUGGAGACUUGCCACAUGGAUGGUACAAGUCGACGUGUAAUAGUCGAAACACACACCCAUCAAGUGAGCGGUGUUGUUGUUGAUAUCGCUGCUAAACGAGUUUACUGGUGUGACCCGAAAGUCGACCGAGUUGAAUCAGUUGACUAUUCUGGUAAUGAUCGACGACAGAUUGCAUCUGGAAGAAAUUUUGCUCCCCAUCCUUUCGGAUUGGCUAUAUUCGAUCAAUACCUGUAUUGGACAGACUGGACAAGAUUGGGAAUUAUGCGUGUUGAAAAGUUUGGAGCGGCUUCUGAAGUUAUUUGGUCUAAUAAAGAUGGGAACGUUUUUCCUAUGGGGAUUGCUGCAUAUCAUCAAAUGGCACAGCCCGGUCCUUCUCACAGUGAUUGCUUCCAGCAACACAUUGAAAAUCCGUGCGAUAAGGCCGAUUGUGAGGGAAUGUGUCUUCUAGCCAAAGAUAAUGUCGGAUUUGGUGUGGGCUACCGUUGUGCUUGUCCUAUCGGCCAGGUAGACUGA